GCAAUAAAUGCAUAGCGCAAAGUGAGUUUCCACCGUCAUUGCAUCGUCGUCGCAAUCGCAGGGAUCUAUCAUCAGAAGUUCCGUGAAAUCUAAUGGUCGUUUUCUCUGUGAAACUUUUCUUCAGCAUUCUCGUCGUCUCCCUCUCACUCCUCUUCCUUCUCGCACUGCUAUUGCCUUCUUCCCUUUUCUCUCAAAUUCACAUUUAUGGAGAAGCCUCCUUAGGGGAGGUGGAUAUAUGGAGUGUUCGGAGACUCGUGGAAUGGAGACCUUGCAAUUGGUGGCUACAAGGCCAUCAAACAGACAAUUGCUUUCGUUUUUUUGUUUAUUCUUGAAAUGGUGCAGCUCUACCAUUACAAACUAAUGGAUAUAUCAGAGUGGAUUGCUAUGGGGGGCUCAAUCAGAUGCGAAGAGAUUUCUGUGAUGGUGUGGGCAUUGCUCGUCUGUUAAAUGCAACCCUUGUCUUGCCGAAGUUUGAAGUGGCAUCAUAUUGGAAUGAAACAAGUGGUUUUGCAGAUGUAUAUGAUGUAGACUACUUUAUAAAGCAUAUGAAUGGCUUUGUCAAAGUUGUAAAAGAGUUACCACCAGAUAUUGCUUCAAAAGAACCAGUUCGAGUAGACUGUAGCAAACGGAAAGGGCAAUUUGAUUAUUUUGAAAGUGUUCUUCCUUCUCUGUUGAAACACAAGUACAUUUCUAUCACACCAGCAAUGUCUCAAAGAAGGGACAGAUACCCUUUGUAUGCAAAAGCUGCUCUGUGUCAAGCUUGUUACAAGGCAUUGCGUCUCACCAGAUCCUUGGAAAUGAAAGCCUCUCAGCUUCUAGAUGCAAUACCUAAACCAUUUUUGUCUCUUCAUCUUCGUUUUGAGCCAGACAUGGUUGCUUACAGCCAGUGUGAGUACCCGGACCUGUCUCCUGCUUCCAUUAAAGCCAUAGAAGCAGCACAAGUGGACAGAAAACCAUGGACUGGAGAGUUAGCCCGUGUUUGGAGACUACGUGGGAAAUGCCCACUUACACCUAACGAGACAGCUUUAAUACUUCAAUCUCUUUCCAUCCCACUAACGACAAAUAUAUACCUGGCAGCUGGAGAUGGUUUGAUGGAAAUCGAAGGGUUGAUAGAUACCUAUGCCAACAUAGUUACUAAAUCAAGUCUUCUCAGUAGAGAAGACUUCACAAGCAUGCAUGGCAACACAAAAGCUGCUUUGGAUUAUUAUGUAUCUAUUAACAGUGAUUCAUAUAUAGCCACAUAUUUUGGGAAUAUGGAUAAGAUGGUUUCAGCAAUGAGAGCUUUCAAUGGUUUGUACAAGACUCUAUUUUUUAGCAGAAGAGGUUUUGCACAAUUAACCUCACAGGGUCUUAAUGGAAAGGAGUUGAAGCAAGCACUAUGGAAGCUUCACAGAGAUGAUUUUGCAAAGGGAAGAGGCUCUGCUCUGUCUGAGUGUUUUUGCGAAUUCAAGUUGUGAUUUUGGAUCUCGGAUUCAUCGUUUUUGUAGUUUUGACAUUAUUAAUUUAAUUUUGCUUUGUCACUCCUUAGCUUCUGUCAGCUUUUUUAUUAUUUUGUAUUGAAUGUGAUGCUUUUUACUAUCACUAAUGAAAUUUUUGGCAGACAUUUGGUGUAAGAAUGAUUACCCAAUUAGAAAUAUCCAUCCUGUUAUUGAUCAA